AUGUCAUCGAUCCUUCUGAUGUGCACAGCCGUCACCCCUGUACUUGCUGAAAAUUUGAGAAAGUUAAGCUCGGAAGAUGAAUGGCUGACGGAGUUCGACUCAGGACCCAACUGGUACGAGAACCUCACCUGUUUGCAGAAAACGUCGAUGAUACUUGGCGCUUUCAUAGUAACCUCUUUCGUCAUUUCGUUAAUAGCUUACGGAGUAUCGGCAGGAAAGAAAUGCGACUUAAGCAAACAAUGCAAUAGAGAAACCGACGAAACAGAUUUAUGCAAACACUGCAAGUUAUGCAAGAACGGGGAGGACGGUGACGACUGCUGGGGAUGCAAGGGAAUACUGGACGACCAGUGGCGAAAAUGUAGGUCGGAAGCAAAAUUAUAUGGAUCAAACAACCGAAAUGGUGUCGAGGGUACUCCAUGGGACAAGGAAGGAAAAUGCGCUGGAUGUUUGAAUCUUAAAAAAGUGCCUCCAUGCAUGGGAUUUGCCAGGCAUGCCACCGUAACAUUCGGCAGUCUCACAAUUGUGGCAUUGCUUGCUUUUGGCUACUAUGUUGCGAAUAAGUGGGAAAACAUAGGCACCAAGAAGGGGGUGAUCUUGAUUGUGUGCAUCAUAUUAGGUUCCAUAGGCAUCGGGGCGUUGCUUUCUCAUAUCGCCAAUAAGGCUUGUGAUUUACAUGAGCGUGUAGGCGGAGAUGGUAUAUAUAAUGUGGGCAGUGGUGGUAGGAUGUAUGCCUGGCUCAUAAUCGUGUCACUCAUAUUUGUAUUGUUAGGAUUUCUAAUUGUCUACUACACAAAUCGAUACAAAUUGGUUGAUAAGGCUGUGGCGGCACUCAAGGAUAUCUCAGAUACUGACCCGUAUAUGCCGAUGGAAUGUCGUCGCCCUUGA